AUGAAUGCUAUCGUACUCCCUACUACACUCUCUGAUGAAGAACGUGCACUGAAGGAAAUCCAGGAAAAGUUGAAGCAAAUGCGACGACUGAUUGGUGAACGAAGAAGCUUAGGAAAUAGUGAUGUUUUGAAGAUUGAACAAAGUAAAGUUAAGAAGUCAUUGGAACAAGCGGCAGUCGCUACUGAAGAGCUCAAGCGGAAAGUUAUUGCUGGUGCUAUAACUGUGAACAAAGUAAAAGAGAAACACACGUUCAAACGAUCCAGGGUUGACAGAAGGCGACGUACGGCUAGUAUUGUCGAGGAAGGCGAGAUUGUCGAGAAGGAUGAGGUUAUUCAAGAAUUUGGGAAAUUCGGUGAUAUUUUAAGCACAAAGAUAGACGAUGGACAAAAAAUGUGCAUUGUGCAAUUCAGAAAAGAAGAAGAAGCUCUUGCAGCCGUUAAGGAGGUGUUCAGAGAACUUGGUGGAAUUGAAAUGGCAUCGGAUCUCUCAUGUUAA